UGAGAGGCUGUGAGGAUGAAGAGCAAGACCUGGAAACAAACAUCAGUGAAGAAUGAAGGGUUUAGUGUGUUUACUGCUGCUGUUGGAAACAUUUGUGUGUGUCGUACAGCAUCAGGUAGAUGGAGGACUCAAUGAGAAUGGGAUCAGUCAACAGCUCAGAUCUGAGGACGGAAGACAGAAUCCACCUCAAACAGACUCUUUGAGAGAUGAAGCUUCAACUGACAGCCAACAAAACUACCAUCUGUUCUUCACUGACAUUCAUGCAGCGCUGAGAGAACUGACCGCCACAGUUACAGAGCAGAAAACAAACAUCAGAGAACUGACCGCCACAGUUACAGAGCAGAAAACUAACAUCAGAGAACUGACCACCACAGUUACAGAGCAGAAAACACACAUCAGAGAACUGACCGCCACAGUUACAGACCAGAAAACCAUCAACAGAGCUUUAGAGACGCGACUGAGGGAACAACAAUCAUUUAUCCUGCAAGAGCUUAACAAGAAAAAUGACGAAAUAUCAAAUCUUACUCUGGGUCAAGUGGAGUUGAGAAAGGAAAAUAAAGACAGAGAAAUAGCUUUCUCAGCUUCACUGAUGCAAUCUGGCAGUGGAUAUAUUGGUCCUUUUACCACUGAAAUCACACUAACCUACAGGAACGUCUUCACAAACAUAGGGAACGCCUACAACCCAAUCACAGGUAAUUAUCAAUGAAAGGAGUCAUAAAACUCAGUU